AUGUCCGGCAGUCUGUUGGUAAAAACUCUGGGGGACCUGAGCCUGGACUCUGGCUAUGUUGCUGGGGACCACUGCCUGUCCCUCAGUCUGUCCUCCUCCGGCAGGUCAGGGCAGUCUCAGCCGCACACGAGCACUCCUCAUCGGGGUACCUGGUGGCAGCAGCCCGGCUCCAUGUCCAGCAGAAACGGCAGCUGGGACACGGUCAGCUCGCUGCCGGAGGACGCAGCGGACAUCCUGGCGAAGUGUCCCUGCCUGCCUGAGCUGGAGGACUGUCCCUGGACCGAGCACGAGCUGUGGGACAUCGUGGCUCGAGUCGCCGGCUCUCCCACGUCGUUCACCGGAGGGGCGGUCCGCCGGCUGUCCACUCUGCUCCGGAGAGCUUUGGUGCGCAUCACCCGUGAGGCUCAGCGCCUGAGUGAGCUCCACAGGCGGUGCACGCGCCUGGAGGUGCAGAGUGCGGUGAGGCUCGUGCUCAGCUGGGGUCUGUCCGAGAGGUGCAUCUCCUCCGCGGUGAGGGCCGUGUCCCUGCACUGCAUGAGCUCAGGUGACACCGCGCGACAGAGGAGCAAGUCCACGCGCUGCGGGCUGACACUCUCCGUGGGCCGCUUCUUCAGGUGGAUGGUGGAGGCGCGUGUGUCGGUCCGCGUGCAUGACUACGCCGCCGUGUGUCUGACAGCGUGCGUGGAGAGUCUGCUGGAGGAGGUGGCCGGACGGACGCUGCAGGCAGCGAGGCUGGAGGAAGAGGAGCAGGGAGGCCCGGUGAGCGCGGAGCUGCUGGAGGGAGCCGUGAACAACGACCCCGAGCUGUGGGGAGUCCUGCAGGUGUACGAGCAUCUGAUCUGUGGGAAAAACGCCAAUGGUGAGUUCAAGUACCCACUGACAGUCUGUAGGAAAGUUUUACAAAGAUCAAACUUUAAUCAGAUACGAAAAGAUGUUUAACACAAUCAGAAUCACAUUUAAAGACUGAACAUCUUUGUCUUUAUUUUGUUUUUCACGUUAAUCUCUCAGAUCAAUUUGAAGAUACAACCCCACAGUCUGUGGAGAGGUAGUGUACAAUAUUUAUAUGAAUAUGAAGGUUUGUGAAUCAUUUGCACUUUGAAAGUUCAUUUAAGAUGGUGCAAAGAACACAUGCCAACUUUUUAAACUGGAAAAAAAACAGAUUUAUAAUAGGGGAGAGCGGGGUAAGAUGAGCCAUGUUUCAAAUUUCAGAUCACUACAAGUCAAUCCUAGUUUUGUCUCUAACUCGUGUAUCUGCAGAUAUUUCAGGAUGUUGUUCAUCCCUGCAAACCAACAGAAUGAGUGUAAACAGAACUGUCUUGAUAAUAUAGCAGGACAAAAAAGUGGUCUCCUAUGGUCAACUUACCCCAUGUAUAGGGUACGUUGACCAUAGGAGUGGGGUAAGUUGAGCCGUAUCCCUACUAUGCCCCUCACCUUCUCUCUCCCUAAAUAACAGUCACUUCUUCACAUGCAUGAGUAUUUAUAUCUAUUAUACACUAUUCAACUAAUACAAUCAUUCUUUUUAUUAUUAUUAUUAUUAUUGCAUAUAACUGCUAAAAAGCUGUUUUGUUCAUUUUAACAUAAGAAUGUCUUUAAGUGAUUCAGAACAUUCACAGAUCUGUAUUUUGAAAAGAAAAAGUCAAACAUUUCAACAAUCUGACAUAAACUCUGACCCUCUCAUCAGACUCCUUUACUUUCUCAGUUCCCCCUGAACUACUAUGAUGACUUUAUCAGUCCUCUAAGAUAAAAUGGUGGACUUUUAUGUAAGGUUUUUGACCUCAUGUUGUAGCUGAUAGAUACCACAAUUGAUGUAUAAAACAAAUUUAAAAUGAUCUUUUUUGGUCUGAACACAAUUCUAAUCAAACUGGUGACUGACUAAAUUCACUUUACAGAGUGAAAAAUGCGUUUUUUUUGUAAUUAAAUGUCUAACCUCUUCACUCAUGUGUUUCUAACCUUCACAGACUCCAUGAAUUGAUGCCCAUCUCCUAAAUAUUUGGUCACAUGAUCAAUUUAUUUUACCAUUUCCAAGCAACAGGGGGUGGCUCAACUUACCCCACUCUCCCCUAUUUUUUAUUUUGAUAUCAGCGACUAAUUAAAAAACUCUGUACAGGGACGUCAGAUCUCUGUAGUCAUGAGAAAACACCUGGAGGAACCUUUUUAAAGAGUUUGUGAAUCCAAAGUUCAAAUGAAAAGUUAUAAUCUCAGUUUUCAAACUUCUGUUACAGGAUGAAUUUAAGCGGGAGAAAUGACCUUGUGUGAAAUGUCACAUGCUCACCCGUGAAAACAAUCACGGUUCAUCGCCCUGAAAACACGUGUGUUUUUUUAACAUGUUAAUUUUCACAUGUGAGUGAAUCUCUGGAGGUCAGACAGGAUCAGGAGAGGCUUUUGUUCCCGUCUUCGUCUCUGCUGGAUAAUAACUGAUGGAAACAGAUUUUAUAGAUGAAGUUUGACCGUCCUCUAAAGUUUCUUUUUAAUGUUUGAAACUAUUUUCUCAAGAAGUGACUCCCAGCUUUGACGAGCAGUGAAAUAUACAUUUGAACUCUGCAAAGAAAAGGUGUAACCUGUCAUCAUGUUACAACUUUAAGGCCCAGAGAAGUCAGAGAGUCAUGAGGCUUAAACUUUUUCUAACCGUCUUUAGACAGAGCUGACCUCAUGAUGGAUGAAGACGCCCUCUUUUAUUCUUUUAGCGGUUAAAUCUGGGUGGUAUCACAGAACAGAGGAGCUCAUGGUGGCACGAAAUUACAAAGACUGAAGUUCAGAUCGUAAAAACCGAUAAAAACUAAGAAGUCAGGAGGGUGAUGGGAAACCCUUCAGACAGGAAAAAGGCAUUUUGGGUAACAACUGAGUUGGAAGUGGAAGAUCAUCUCUGAUAAAAGUCUCUGAAGCUUUAAUUCACAAUCACACAUCCAACUCUGACUAGUUUAGAAACGUAAACAUGAGCACACAGCUUCACGUUCCUGCAGACUCAGAUUUGGACUCUGUGCAAACUGUCAGACUUUGAACUUCUGUGGAGUCAGGAUGGUAGAAUUACAGCUCGGGGACAUUUUAAUGGAGCUUUUAUUGUUUGUGUCUGCAUGAGAGAUAAUAGUGAGUAUUUUCAAAAUGAGAAAUUCCUCCAUAGACAGCAAAAAGCCAGAAGCUGCAUCACUCCAGAUCCCCUCCUCCCGGUGUUUCUGUGCCUCCUGCUCAGUGCGUGCCGGGACUCAGGCUCCAAACCUCCCCUGAGAGCCGGCAGGAAGACGCAGGGGCAGUAAAUGAGUGAGUGUUGUUAGCUUCUGACCCACACAAAGGAGCUCUCUUUCCCGCUCAGGCUGCAGGGUACAAGGUUCACGACUCCCCUCGGUCUCAGUCUGCCCCCCAAAACAAACAGGCGCAGUAGCUGCUGUCCAGACAGGAGAGGAGAGGAGAACACACUCUGUUCCCUCGCUCAAACCUGAUCCUGAUAGUGACAGUAAACCCCUGCAGUGAAACGAGGGUGUCCCUUAAACUGGCUUUAACAUUUUAAAAACAUGGCGUCUGCGGCGGCGUUCACUUUGAUGACUCUGGCGGCUCAGGAUUGAGAGGAAGUGGAGAGAAGCAGCUGUAGAAAGUGUCUGAUAGUGAAUCAGAUUACAGAGACGGAGCAGACAUCAGGGAGUAAUCUGACUCUCCGUGUGUGACCAGACGUCAUAUCAGGAGAUCUUCAUCUUUCCAGUCGGUAUGCAAAACUAGAAGGUUUUCCCAGACAUGACUGCAGAGUCUGCUUCUCUCUCUGAGGAUGGAACAGUUACUACAACCUGAUUAAUAAGACACUAAAGAUCUCGUUUGUCUCGUUAAUUAAACACCACAUGUCUCUGGGACUACGAGGAUCCAGGACUCUUUCAGGGGUCCUGUUUGGAUGAGGUAACGAGACAUAAUCAGGCUGGUCUCCAUGGUGAGCAGAGUCCCCGUCACUGCUGACUCCUGGCUCUGUGUUCACGUCACGUGUGUGAAACCUUGUGUCAACAGUGUCUAUCUACCCUGGCUCUACACACAGCCGCAGGUCUUUAACCAGAUUAUUCAACCAAAACAACGUCUUCCCGCCAAUUCUGACGCUUUUUUAUCAGAACCCUGUGAGCUGGGAAAGAGAGGGUUAAAACAAACGUCCAGAAGAUCAAAUCAGUGAAUAAAUAUGAGACUGAAAGGAGUCAGGGAGAAAAAACAGUGAGUGUAUACGAUACUGUGAAACUUUUGAUCAUACAAUGAAACUAUGAUCAUACUAUACUAUGAUGACAUUUUUUAUCAUACUUUACUAAGACAUUUUUAACAUACUAUACCAUGACAUUUAUUAUCAUACUUUACUAUGAAUUAUUUGAUCAUUCUAUCAUAUGAGGUUUUUUUUUAUACUAUACUAUGACAUUUUUUAUCAUUCUUCGCUAAGAUGAUUUUUUUUUUAUCAUACUAUACUAUGACAUUUUUUAACACACUAUGUUGUGACAUUUUAUCAUACUUAAUGAAGACAUUUUUUCAUCAUUUUAUACCAGGACAUUUUUUUUAUCAUACUGUUACAUGACAUUCUUUUAACAUACUAUACGAGACAUUUUUUUACAUACCUUACAAUGACAUUUUUCAUCAUAUUCUCCUAUGAAAUAUUUUACAUUCUAUUCUAUAAUUUUUUUUUGACAUAGGAUACUAUGACAUUUUUUAGCAUACUAUACUGUGACAUUUUUAUCACACUAUAAAGAGACUUUUUUUUAAACAAAUUAUACUGUGAAAUUUUUUUAUCAUACUAUACUAUGACGUUUUUGAGCAUACUAUACUAUGAUGUUUUUUCACAUACUAUACUGUAGCAUUUAUUUGAUAAACUAUGCUAUGGCAUUUUUCAACAAACCAAACAAGGACAUUUUUUUUUACAUCUUACACUCUGGCAAUUUUUAUCAUACUAUACUAUGACAUUUUUUUUGACAAAGUGUACUGAGACGUUUUUUUACAUACCAUACUAUAUACAGUGAGUGAAAACAUUUUAAAAACUCUUAAAGGAGCGGUUCGGUCCACUUUGAAUGAACCCGGGUCUGAUUCCUUGUUGUAUUCUGUUGAACACUAAAUAUGUGAACUCUCAUCCUCUUGAAAACAGGUCCUGGUUUCUGUAAGGAUGCCUGGUCCAUGUUCACACUUUAAAGAAUAGAAGCUCAACACGAAUGAUCAUUUUGACAAGUUUUACUGGUUGCAGAUCUGGGUUAUAACUUCAUCAGGCAACAAGUGUAACAAAAACUGGUCUGAGACUGUUCAGGUAUAUGUAGCCUUCCAUGUUUCCAAACAUUCUGUUUGCAUCUUGUUGACCUGAAAGAGAGUCCAUGUAGGGUAAUAACGAAGCACAACAUAUUUUGGGAGCCUGAGUGAUGGUAAACAUGUGUACAAGGUCCUUGUUGAGGAUGGUUGGUGGAUGCCCAUGGCCCCAGAAAGUAUCCAAGGUAUUUGAGCUCCAUCGCCCUCAACGAUGACAUGACUGACUAAAGAAAAUCAUCCAAACAGUUUCCCUCGAAACGAACUUUGAUGCAGUUCAAGUAAAGAAGACCAGCGUGUAAACCAAAAGCAAAAACGAUAUGUGAGUCAGCUCGCUGCUUUAUCUGCUGCUCUGACCGGGAACCAUCUUAGGAAACAUGGAUGUGUUGGCGUUGGUGGAUCUUGGUGGAUGUAGUCCGUCUGUCAAACACAAUAACCUUUUUCCACGAGUGACAUGUGAGCUUUAAUGCUCCGUAAAUAAACUCAGUUUAUGUACAAGAUGUGGGAUUUGUUCCUGAGUGGGACUCUGUUUGCUCUUCAGACUCUGCUGAGGUGGUCCUGACCUAAAACACACUCACACACCUUUACUCUCUGUGGGUCUGUUGUCCACACCGAACACUUGCAGCCUUAUACAGCUCUGCAGAAAAGAGCUGUUGUUCUCAGGCAACACUAAAACAGACUACACACACACACACACACACACACACACACACACACACACACACACACACACACACACUUGUUCUGUUUUCUUCAGCCGCACAAACACACCAGGACAGAGUCGAAGGAAACGACUUAAUCACUCCUGAUUCUGGAUGUGUGUAGUGCAGUGUUUGGGACAGGAGCUGAGGUGUGUGUGCGUGUGUGUGUGUCUGUGUGUCUGUGUGUGUGUGUGUGUGUGUGUGUGUGUGUGUGUGUGUGUGUGUGUGUGUGAGUGUGUGUCGGGGGCUUUAGAAAACAGAGGUUUGUGCUUUGUCCUCCGCAGACUGGACUCCUGUUGUGCGCUCGUGAAUAGACGCUUGUUCGCUCGCUCCUGUCUGUAAACACAGCGGGGUAAUCAGCACCAAAUUAUCAGACACACUCGCUCCUUUCUUUCACACUAAAGCUGAGGUGUGUACUCCACGUCUGUGUGAUGAAUCUGUCCAAUCAGGCUCUACGUGGACGCACUUUGACCCCGCCUUGCCCCAGAGGUGUUGGAGAGGGCUGAGGUUAAGGAUCUGAGCAGGCGGGUCGAGGUCUCCAUUAGAAAACAUGAAAAUCUGAAGUUUCUGGACCUGCAGAGGUCGACCUGUGCAGUAAGAACCAGCUGAUGGUUUCUGUCUGUCUGCUGUGAGUCCAGACUCGUGGACCAGCUGCUCCCUAAUAAAGCUGAUAAUGAUAGUGAUGAUGCUGAUAAUGAUGGUGAUUUCUUACUCAUAACUAUGACCCGUGGUUCAGGUUGACUCACCGCUCUAGGUCAGAGUCUACGUCAGGAGGAUUAGUCCUCUCUGAGUCUUUUGUGUGGAAGAUCAGGAGUCAGCAAAAACCAGGUUCAGCAGGACACAAUAAACGAGGACCUGAGUGUCUGUGUGUAGUUUGAAUGGACUGACCUUUGACCUACCAGCAGAGGUUGACAGUGAUGCAGUGAGGAGAAGGUUUCUGGUCUUCUUGAUAAUAAAAAGUAUUUGAUACAGUUAAUCAUUCCAUUCUCAUCUCCCGUCUGUCCAACCACCUGGACAUUCAGGGUCCUACAGCUGUAGAAUCUGGGACACUUAUGAAGAACCUUGAGACAAACAAAAAAGCCUCUUGAACCCAAAGGCCACAACCAACCAGAAGUCUUUAUCGGCCAUAUUGGUUUGAAUGUGAGCAUUUUGAGAUUUUCACCACUUUAAAGCUUCUUUUAAAGGUAAAUUCUCUGAGGGGUUUAUGAUGAGAAAACUGGAACUGCAGCGAUAUUUUUAUCAUACUAUACUGUGACAUUUUUUAAAAUACUAUUCCAAAACAUUUUUAUCAUACUAUACUGUGACAUAUUUUUACAUACUAUACUAUGGCAUUUAUUUGACAAACAAUGGUCUGACAUUAUUUUUUAGAUAAUUUACAGCAACAAUUUUUUGACAUACUAUACUAUGGCAUUCAUUAUCAAACUUAACAAAGGCCUUUUUUUUAACACACUAUACUAUGACAUUUUUGAUCAUACUUCACUAUGACAUUUAUUAUGAUACUAUACUAUGACAUUAUUAACAAACUAUGUUUACAUUUUAUCAUCCUAUUCUAUGAAAAUUUAAUCAUACUAUACUAUGAGAUUUUUAAACAUAGUUUACUAUGACAUUUUUAUCAUACUGUACUAUAACAUUAUUAAAAAACUAUAUUGACAAUGUUAAUAUACUAUGAUAUUUUUAUCAUACAAUACUAUAAUUUUUUUUUAUCAAACUAUACUGACAUUUUAUCACAUUAUACUUUAUUUAUAAUAAACUAUACUGGGACAUUUUUAUCAUUCUGUACUUUGAUAUUUUUAUCAUAUGAUACUAUGAUAUUUUUAUAAUACUGUACCACAAUAUUUUUAUGAAAGGCAGUAUGACAGGGCAUUGGUCUGCUGGCUGAUGCGGUCCACAGAGGUGGCGGCGUGACUAGGCUCAUGCCCGUUGUUGUCCCAUAAGGCACUAGUUUUGAUUCUUACCUUUUCCUCCAGCAGCCUAUAAACAUGUAAACAUGCUCAUCAGGUCAGUCAGCGGCUUUUAAUUGAAAGGGUAAGGGUUAAAGGUCAGCUCCAGCCUUCAUAUCCGUUAGCAGAACCUCCUUAUUUUUUACAUUUACAGGAAAAACGGUCCUUACAGAGAGCAAAAGCAGUCGGAAAACAAUCCACCAGGACGCCACUGCCUCAUAAGAGUUUAGCCAACAAUCUACAAACAUUAAAGCUCUGCAGUUCUGCUCGAAGCUUUAUUAAUGGACGUAAUCAUUUAGAUUUCCUGACGCCCUUAAAGGCAUCAGAAGAGACAGAUCUGAUCUCCAUUUGACAUUAAAAAAGAGAGGAAUUCUACCUGUAAAACUUUAAUACUGAUAAAGGUAUUCAUGACUCUGUGUGUGCGUCUGUAGGUGAGCUGUCACUACCCGCUCAGGUGAGCCCGUACACGAAGGUUCCUGAGGACUCGAUGGAGACCAGGAUGGACGCCUACAUCCAGCUGGAGCUGAGGACACUGGAGCAGGCUCUCCUCGCCACCUGUGUGGGCAGCAUCGCAGAGCUCAGUGAGUGUCUGUGUGUGUGUGUGUGUGUGUGUGUGUGUGUGUAUGUGUGUGUAUGUGUGUGUGUGUGUGUGUGUGUGUGUGUGUGUGUCUGUGUGUGAGUCACAGUCGGCUCCUGUGUUUUGUUUUUCAAAGUCUGACCAGCGUCGGGCUCUUGGGGCUCCUCGUUAGACCCCGUCAGCUCCCCCCUCACUUACAUAACAACCUGAGGCUUGUGUCCAGAAAACAAGGACACCUUCACCUCCUGCAGGCCACCGUAGCUCAUUAUAAAGGGAAACAAAGGAGCUCUGUGCUCCCACUGUUCAGGGCUGUUUAUGGAGCUCCUGCAGUCGUAUUCAUGAGACCACAAAACCAAAACCUGUAUGAGUCACGUCAGAUUGUCCUUCAGGGUUUUUCACGUCUCACUUUUUGUUGUUUUUGUUCUUUAUCCUGCGAGAAAAUGUGUACAUUUUUGUCAACAAACGCCUCUUUUAAAAGUCUGUCCCCACAGCUAACCCUGGGAAAUCUUAGUAACCAGUAUGUGCAUCAUGUGACUCUGAUCCAGGUGAUCUGGUGUCCCGGGCGAUGCACCACAUGCAGCGUCUGCGCAGCUCCAGCACCUUCAUCAGCCCGUCUCGCUCAGCCAAUCAGCCCUCAGUAUCCUGGGCUCCUGAUGCCCUCCGGACGCUUUACUACUUCCUGUCCAGCCCGCAGAUGGAGUCUCUGGAGAACCCAAACCUGGAGCCACCGUCGAUGAUGCUGAGCAGAGAGAGGUACGUGUGUCUGCGGGAUUUUUACCUGACUGUGAAUCUAUCAUGAACCUUAAACCGGACCAGCAGGAUUACAGCCAAAUAUGUGAUUAGAGGUAAACAGAUCUGACUCCUCCAGGCCGUUCCUGCUCCUCCCUCCUCUCAUGGAGUGGAUCAGAGUCGCCGUGGUUCACGCUGAACAUCGCCGCAGCCUAUUGGUGGACAGCGAUGAUGUCAGACAGACGGCCAGGCUGCUCCUCCCAGGACUGGACUGUGAGCCCAGACAGCUGAAGUGAGUCUCUGUGGUGAUGUUUGAGGUGAAUCAUGUUCUCAGUGACGACGAUGUUACAGGUUUUUGGUCUCUGCAGGUCUGCCGUUUGUUUCCAGUCGCUGAAAUCUUUGGACGCCGAAGCUGCUGCGGAAAAGUUCCAGCUGGAUCUGGGCUUCAGGAUACUGUCCUGGGGUCGAGCAGAUCUGGUCCAUCAGGCUGUUCGGCUUCUGGGAGAGAAGGGGGUGAACACCAUGGACAACCAGGUCAGUGUGUGUGUGUGAGUGAUGUCCUGUUCAUACCUGACAACCAAGUCUCAAUGGGGCCCUAAGUAAAGUUUUGGGGCCCUCUAUUUCUGCCAAUAAUAUUGAUUGUUGAUCACUGACACUCCUUCACAAAUCUCUUUAACAUUCCCUGACAUGCAAACAUGUCGUUUUAGGGGAUGACUCCUCUGAUGUACGCCUCUGCAGCAGGAGACGAAGCUCUGGUUCAGAUGCUCAUAGAGGCCGGUGCUCACCUGGACCUGCAGGUACCAAAACCUUCUAGAUCUAAAUCCUGUUUCUCUGUGUUUCUUUGUCUUUUACAGAUUCAGAAAUCACAAACACGAUCUCAGAAACUCUUUUAAAACAUUUUAAACCUUUAAUCUGUUUAUUUAAAUACCCGUCUGAGACCCUGAGAAGAACCUAGACCCUUAGUGUUCCUGUGUGUUUUUAGGUCCCAGGCUGCUCUGUCAGGCACCCAUCAGUUCACCCCGGCAGUCGUCGCUGGGCGGCCCUGACCUUCGCCGUCCUGCACAGUCACCUGUCUGUAGCUCAGGUGAGGUUGAAGGAUGCAGGUGUCUGAAGAACUGAGAUCUGGAUCCUGCAGAACUUUUGUUCAUAUUUCUGAUCAAACUUCUUGAUCAUGUUCUUUCCUAUAAUAACCGUCCCUGUCUUUCUCCUUGAACUCUCAGCUGCUGUUGGAGGCCGGCGCAGACGUGGAGGGAGGAGCUCUGCUGGACGGGGACGGAAGCUCAGCUGAGACGCCGCUGCAGCUCGCCGCCGCUGCAGGUACGCUGAGAAAACGUCACUUAACUCUUCGGUCUGAGGUUGAAGAGUCCGGCGCUGACAUGUUUCACUCUCACAGGUCACUAUGAGAUGGUGAGCUUGCUGCUGGCUCACGGUGCAGACCCCCUGCUCAGAGUGCAUCAUGGGAGUUCACUAACAUCACCGCUAUAUGAGGACAUGAACUGCUUCAGUUAUGCUGCGGCGCACGGACACAGGUGAGACGUGGAUCCUGCAGGUUCAAACAAGAUGACCAGUUUUUAUUCAAGCUCUUCGACUCUGACCACACUCUUAAGGUUUCCUUCACACAAGAGAUUCAUCAGAGUUUCUUGGCGUGGACUUUCAGAGUUCCUCAGGAGGUUUAAGUUUAAAAAAAUCGAGUUAGAAGUUUUUUAACCUGUUAAAAAAUGGAGUGAAAUUCAAAGUGCGUCUAUCAGCCCAUUUCUGUGUAUCAAACAUUUGUAAAUCGAUGCAUCAAGAGGAUUUCUUUAAAAAAACUGGACUUUAAUGUGUCCAGAACAAAACCAGCAAAGAGAAAAGUCACGGCUUUGUCCACAGGGGGGCGCACAAACCAACAUAAACACCUGAGAGUUCAAACCAGCCAAAGGCCUCUGCUCCUGACCCCAUCAUUCAGUCAUUUUCCUUCACUCCUUCAUUCUCCAGGAACAUCCUGAGGAGACUUCUGAUGCAGCCGCAGCACAGGAAGGAGGACAUCCUCUCUUUAGAGGAGAUCCUGGCCGAAGGAGUCGAAGAGCAGGAGGAGAAGGAGAGGGAGGAGGAGGAGGAGCACGGAGCCUCUGACUCCCAAAGUCCUGUUCCUCAGCUCUGUAAGGCCCGGAUGAAAGCUCUGCAGCAGGCCGCGUACUACAGCGCCGAGCACGGCUACCUGGAUGUGACUCUGGAGCUCAGAGAGAUGGGUGAGCUCACGGUGACGGACGGACUGACGGCGUUUCUGACAUUCGAUGAAUUUGUAGAACUUUAAAAACGUCUUUUAGAAAUGACAGAUUUUUGUGGACGGAUGUGAGACUCAUGAGAUGAAACUAAAAACUAAAAACUGAUGAUGAAUCUUGACGCUCUUAGAUUCUGCUCUGUGUCAGACUAACCUUCCUGUGUGUCCAGGUGUUCCCUGGAGGCUCCACACUUGGCUGCAGAGUCUGAGCAGAGCUCGGCAGCUGAGCAGAGACAAAGUCAUCGUCUCCCUCCUCUCAGAGUUCUCCUCCAUCGGGGCGGAGGACUACACCCCCGACCUCCUCUCCACAGGUGUCCCACUCCUGUUCAGCAUGAUGGAAACCAGUAAGGUAGCUGCUCACCUGUCUGCGUCAUCCGUGUGAAAACCUACACGCUCUUUACACGAGGAAAUCAAAGUUUGAUUGGCUGUUUUCAUCGUUUUCGUCCUCCUCUCUAAAAGGAGUGAAAAGGUGGUUUUAUGUGAACUAGAAUCUGUGACUCUGAAUCAAACUGAGUUCCUCUCUUCGCAGGAUUACGUGGUGACGAAGCGUCUGGCGUCCGUGAUCUCUCACUGCUUCAGCCGCUCUCCUGUUCCUCCGAUCUCUCCGCUGGACGUCACUCUGUCCACACAGCUGGGUAACACUCUCCUCCUGACGUGUUUUUUAACUUCCACUCCCACUUCCUGUUAGUUUGUAGAUUUUAAAAGGUCAAACGUUCGUCUCUGUUCUCAGAUAUUCACUUCUUGAACAACCGGGAGAUGUCAGAUGUGACGUUCACGGUGGAGGGACGCCCGUUCUUCGCUCACCGGGUGCUGCUGAUGUCAGCGUCUGAAAGGUCUCAUAUCUGUUCACCGACUGAGAAUCAUGAUUUCGAACACGUCGUAGAUAAUUAAACAUUUUAAAAUACAAGUUAAAAGUUAGAUACUCACAAAGAGGAGAGAUAAAACACUGAGAACAGAACAAAGGAGACAAUAAAAGGAACUUAAAUAAGCGAGUGAAGGAUUUUUUUCUCUCAAGAGUAAAAGAAACAAGAAAAAAACAAACAUGAUUGUCUCCAUGAGUCACUUUUAGUAAGGAUGAAAAAUAGUAGAAAAUGAAUUUGAUCAAGAUAAAAACAUGGAUUGAUUAUAAGUUAUCUCUGAAUUAAAGUCAAAUGAAAUUCAUGUUAUUUGUUGGUGUCUGGGUAAACUGCAAAAUAAAAUUAUAAAAACAUUUGAAAAGGAGCAGAAAUUAAAAGAGUAAAUGAAACAAAAUUCUCGAGUAAUUAUUGAUCAUAAACUCUGUUAGAAUAUAUCAAACGUUAACUCUCAAAAUCUAUUGCUAUUCUUUACAAAACACGGAAUAUGUUAAAUAAGAAAUGUUUGUACAUAUUAGGCUGUUCACUUAUCAAACCAUAUAUGUCAUAGUGUGUAGAGACUGUGUACAGACCCUAUAAUAAAACUCCAAAAGAGAGAAAUUAGAAUAAAAAAUAAAGUGUGUUUCCGUGAACCAACAAACGAACGAAUCAGUUAUUUAUUCAGUCUGAAACUUUAAAAUUUGUAGCUAUUAUGUUUUUAAAAACAUGUGAAAUACUCUUUAGAGUUCAGAAUAAAAGCCUUCUUAUUUGUAUUCAGAGUCAGAGAGACGUCUGCUGAUUCAGGAGUUACCCUUCAAAAUAAAAGCCUCCUGAUGUUUCUCCAGGUUCAGACAGAUGCUCUCGGAUUCCCCCAAUGACAUCAUCCACAUCAGUCACAUGACCUACAGCACGUUCCAGGUGAGAGACACACCUCCUUCUCUAAAGCUGAUCCAGGUUUGAUUGAUUGAUUGAUUGAUCGGUCGGUCAUUAAGAGUUUUAAUCUCCUCUGCAGACGAUGAUGAAGUCUCUGUACUGUGGAGGAACAGACGGGCUGACGCUGACUCACUCUGAGGCCAUGAAGGUAAAGAUCACUCACCUGUUCACCUGUUCACCCGUUCACCUGUUCACCUGCUCACCUGUGUCCUUCAGAGGUGACGGUCUCACCUGAGUGUUUGUCGUUUUUCUUGCUGUAGCUCCUGCCGGUGUCCUCGUUCUUCCAGCUCAGAGGUCUGCAGAGGAGCUGUGAGAUGAAGCUGUCCCAGACUUUGACUUUGGAUCAGGUCGUGGAUGUUUACCGGACUGCAAAGGUACAAAAACAAACACCUGAAAAACUGAGACCUUUAGAGAGCGCCUGAACCUGAACCAGAACCUGAACCAGAACCUGACCCUGAGUUUGUCUCUGCAGCUCCACAGAGCAGCUGAACUCUGCAGGUUCUGUGAAGGAUUCUUCCUGAAGAACAUGGAUCAGCUCCUGGACCGAGAGGACUUUCACCGCCUGCUGCUCUGCCCCUCCAUGGACCCCCAGGACCAGGACCAGGACCAGCCGAGCCUCCUCAGGACCUUAGAGGAAACGUUAAUCCACAGACUGUACAGCCUGCAUGCUGAGUGUCGAGAGUAG